UAGUCCUCCAUUCUAUCCUGCUAAAAGCCAGUCCACCAGUCCGGUCCCUCUCUCGAACCCUCCUGCAACUCCAGCGAUGGCGGGGAAGAACAAAGGGAAGACCAAAACCAAAAAAGCGCCACCUUCCUCCACCUCGCUUCCUCCCCCGCCGCCGGUGGAGCCACAGGCUACGGAGGCGGCGGCGACCUCCAUCGAUGUCCUCACCGAGUUGGACAUCUCCAACAUUCUCCGCCGUCUCUCCCUCGCCGACCUCCUCCGGGCCGCACUCGCAUGCCACCGCUGGCGCCGCCUGGCCGCCCGCUGCCUCCCUCGCGCCCCUCCUCUCCUCGGCUACUUCCACCACCCAACCCACCCCCCUCCCCCGUUCCCCGGCCGGGACACCAAGCUCCUCGACACCCCCGCCUUGUUCGCUCCCCUCGAUGCCGCCUCCCCGCGCCUCACCCUCGACUUCGCUCCGGACGCCUUCCGCUUCCUCCUCUUCGACUCGCUUCAAGGCCUCCUGCUUUUCGAGUCGUCCGACGAGAUACCCAAGGACAAGGGGGCCAUACCCCGCUUCCUCGUCCUCGACCCGUCCAACCGCCGCCGCACGGUCCUUCCGCCCCCGCGCCGCGAGACGGUGCGCGAUGACCGCCGCUGGCGCAAAUCGAGGUACUACAUCGGCUCCGCGCUGCUCUCCCGCGCUCACCCGAGCAAGCUCUGCUUCGAGGCUGUCUGCUUCGCCAUCGAGGAGGGCCGCCCUCGCGCCUGGGUCGCGUCCGUCACCAACGGCGACUGCAGCUGGCGCGCGCUCCCGCGGGACGAGGAGGCCAACGUCGACUUCAAUCCCUGGUUGUUCGAGAACCGCGGCGUGCGCGCAUGCGGGAAGAUAUACUGGCACAUCUGCAACUCUCCGCGCAUGCUCGUGCUGGACCCUGCCACACUCAGGUUCUCCUACCUGCAGGGGCCGCGCGCGCUGACUAUCGACCCGUUAACUGUGUGCAAGUUCCGCGUCGGGGAGACGCCGGAUGGGCGCCUUUGCUUGGUGACCGACGGCGAGGAGCAGCUGCAGCUGUGGGUGCGCGGGAUGGGCAGGUGGAGCGACAACGGUUGGCUUAUGGAGAAGAGUGUCGCGGAGUUGAGCACGCUGUGCGACAUGAUUCCUGGCAUGCCCAGUGAGACGGACGACAUGAUUCCUGGCACUCGCAAGCCCACCGACAUCGAUAUGGUUCCUGGCAUGCCCUGCGAACGGACUGUUUGCGUCUGGCCCAGCGACAUGGACACCGCUCGCACGGGGAAGGUGUUCAUCAAGACCUGGGGGUUCGGGCGCUACUCGUACGAUAUCUGCACCGGCAAGCUGGAGCGCCUGGCCACGAAACGUGGCAAGGAAUAUGGGCACCCCAUGUUCGCCUACUUCCUGGCAUGGCCGCCCGCCUUCCUCGCUCCAGAGCACUGAUUUCGGCUGUUUGGUCACCUGUAAGGAAUUGGCACAUCUUUGUUUGAAGUCAGCUCUUCAUUUCUGGGUCACAACUUUCGUGCUACCAUCUCGCGUUCAGCUCAUGGGGAACCUCUGAUUACCUUGACCUUCAUGGCACUAUUUAAGCAAUCUUUUGAUGCUAUGUUUAUCCAAACGUCAUUAGGACUGGAUGAUAUUCAACAAGGUGUACUGUUAAAUUAUGCUUAUUUUGGACGAUUCAUUCCUUUGUUCGUAUUCGGUAAUGUUCAUCGCAUCUGGACUUCCGUA